UCAGCAGCACUCAGCAAAUGGCGGAGGCGCUGAGGCGGGUGCUGAAUGCCGGCAGCGCGGCAGGGCCCGGAGGGGACGGCGCUGCCGGGCCGCCAUUGCUGUUGCUCGGCGCUCCGCGCUCUGCGCAGACGUCGCUGCUCUUUGCAGCCGCUCUUGAGGCGGCAGGGGAAGGCCACGGGCCCGUCCUCUUCCUGACACGGAGGCCUCUUCAGAGCCUGCCGCUCAAUACACCCGCAGCACGAGACCAUUGGCGGCUCCAGAAGGUUCGAUUCCAGUAUCCAUCCUCAAUUCAAGAGCUUCUCCAGCUGCUAGCCUGUGCCCACGAGGCCCCAGCACCUCCCCCGUCCCUUCUACUCCUGGACGGCCUAGAAGAAUAUCUAGCGGAGGAUCCAGGGGCCCAGGAAGUCGCGUACUUGGCCGCAUUGCUUCUGGAUACUGCUGCCUAUUUUAGCCACCGUCUUGGAGCCAAUGGCAGCUGUGGGCUUGUGGUGGCCUUUGAAACCCAAAAGGAGGCAGAUGGCGAUGCCCCGCAUCUAGCAUUACUUCAGCGGUAUUUUCCUGCACAGUGCCGGCUGCAGCCAGACGCCCUCCGCUCGGGCCAGCAUGGCUGCCUUCGGGCCAGCCUGGAGCCGGGCCAGCCGGGCCCCAGGACAGAGUGGUCAGUGACUUUCUUACCCGGUGGAGAAAUGACAAUCACCCCAUGGUUUGCCGAGGCUUCUAAGCUCAGCCCAGACAAAAAAGGUUUAGGAGCAGGAAGCCAGUCCUUAACUUUGGGGUGUGACGACCUCCCUGGUCCUGGGUUUCCCUUGGAUGGGAUACUUAAGUCAGGGACAAGGACAGAUUCAAAGACCUGAGAAGCAUAGGUAUUCUGUUUAUAAGCUAGCAUUAUUGUCGUCGACGUUGUCGGGGGCUGGCAAGAUGGCUCAGGAGGUCAGGCGCCUUGGCGACAAUCAUGAUGACCCAGGACCCACGUGGUAGAAAGAUAGAGAACUGACUCCUGCAAGUUGUCUUCCGACCUGCACGUUUGGGUAGAGGCACACAUAUGCCCUCCACACUAAUAAUAAUAAUGAAACCUUUAAGAUAAAUAAGAGCAGCGGAGCCGCCUCUGCCCACUCACCGUUGUUAGUGAGGUCAGCCAUGUUUCCUAGUUCAGUUCUUUUUAUCUGCUGCAUUUUUUACCCAGACAGGCUCUCUUGUAAGUCAGGCUAGCCUCAGACUAGAUACUUAGCUGAGGCUGCCCUUGAACUCCUGACCCUCCAGCCUCGUCUCUUGAGUUUGCUCCUAUUCUCGCCGCCUCUGGCACGUGCCGCGGGUGACCUAGUGACCUCCGUGUGUUGCCUGACAUACUGUUGGGGUCUAGUCAAAUAUAUACAUAACCUCGCACGUGUGCUUAGGGUGUACAGGUGGGUGAGGGUCCACUCCAUGUAGGGUAUGCAUACAUUUAGCCUUCUUAGGACAGCCAUUUUUAAAGCCAUCACACUGAAGCUGUGCAUGAUGGAAUGUUAAAUGGUAAGGCUGGCUUUGGUCGCGAUGGGAGCUCACAAGUGCAAGGCUCUCUGUGGCCGCAUAAGCUGUUGGAAGCCAUGCUGCCUCAGACCAGACCCUGUCUCCAAAAACCAAAAUGGGCCAGGCGUGGCGGCUCAGGCCUUUAAUCCUAGCACAGAGGCAGGUGGCUCUGUGUGUAUGUGUUUGAGGCCAGCCUGGUCUACGUGACAAGUUCCAGGCCAACCAGGACUAUGCAGUGAGACCCUGUCUCAACAACUAGGGGUCUGGACGGAGCUUGUGGCUAGGAAUUCUCACUGUGACAGCUUUGGUUCUCUGUCUGAGGCCUUUCCACUCCGGUGGGAAACCCCUCACCCACACUCCUGGACAUAACCCCAGUAAAACUUUUUUGGUUUACCAGA